GUUUGACCGAGUGAGGAAUGAUGCAAUUUGCUUUUAGACUUUGAAUUAGAAAUAAUUUCCUGAGGUUAUUCAGCGCAUGAGAAAAUUUUAAUUAAUUUUGCAAAUUCUAACAGUUGUUUUUAAAUGAAAACGUAAUACACAUAAUAAAUAAUGUCAUCUGGUGUUAUUCUUGCAGGAUUAGCUUUAGCAGCAGCUGGAUAUACAGGCAGAUUUCUUGCUAGGAACUCUAAAGUCUGGGCUGAGUCUUUAGAGAAGCAUUUAAAAUCCCUUCCUAAUUCAGCUAGUUUUGCCAAUAGUAAAUAUUAUAAAGGCGGAUUUGAACCAAAGAUGACUCGUCGUGAGGCUGGUUUAAUUCUGGGUGUUAGUCCAUCAGCUAGCAAAAACAAGAUAAAGGAUGCUCAUAAAAGAAUAAUGUUGUUAAAUCAUCCUGAUAAAGGUGGUUCUCCAUAUAUAGCUGCAAAAAUUAAUGAGGCAAAAGAUAUGUUGGAUAAAAAUCAAUGAUAUAGAAUUUUGUAAAAUUAGUUUUUGUGUUUAGUAAAUGUUAUUUUAAUUAUUGACAA